CAUCUUAGAGUGUACUUGCGAACUCGAAAUAUUUUCAUCAUCUGAUCAAAAGUUGCUUGAGUAUCGUAUAAAAAUUUUACCUUCAAAAAUGACCGAAGACCGAGACGAAAUUUGCCAACUGAUGGAUAAAUUGUUGAUACGUUCCCUGGAACUUGUACAGGAAGAAGUGAAGCUAAAAACUUACAUCGAAAGUACCACAAACGAUGGUCAAUUGAGCUUGGCCCAAACACGAUUCUACAAAGGACCUACUUCGGUAUCAGCUGUACAGUUACCCACUGAGGAUUCCAAGGAAAUGAACCCACUCAGUGCCCUGGAGGAAACCAUCGAUGACGUUGGAAAUCCACAAGUACAGCUCGUUAAGUAUCCGGUCGAUAAGGAAGCCGGUUAUCCGGAUCCCAUAAAGUGGUUCGGAGUGCUCGUUCCGGCCUCCCUACAAAAGGCACGAACCACUUUUGGAAAGGCAUUGGACUACGUGGUGGACUGUGCCAAUGUACAAAUGGAGCUAAGAAAUGUUCUACUCGCGUAUGACCAACUAAAGGAAAGGAAAAUAAAUUUAUAAGAAUGCAUAUUUAUAAUAAACUAUUUUUUUUUAUAUCCAACUGA